AUGGGAGAAUUAGAGUUCUUCUUAGGAAUUAAAAUCAAUCAAAGUAAAAAUGGAACUCAUCAUGUUCAUCAGUCCAAGUACACAAAGGAGCUUCUGAAGAAGUUUAAUCUUGAGGACUGCAAGAUUAUGUCAACUCUUAUGCAUCCAACCUAUUGUAUGAAUAAAGAAGAAAGUAGCACCAAGGUUGAUCAGAAGCUAUAUAGAGGUAUGAUCGGUUCCUUGCUUUACCUCACAUCUUCUAAGCUUGAUAUAUUAUUCAGUGCCGGCUUGUAUGCCAUGUUUCAAUCAGAUCCUAGAGAAACCCACUUAACUAUUGUUAAGAUAAUAUUUAGGUAUCUGAAAGGAACAAUAAAUCUGGGACUUCUUUAUAAACUAUCCCUAGAUUAUAAGCUAGUUGGAUUCUGUGAUGCUGACUAUGCUAAGGAUAGAAUUGAGAGAAAACCCAAUAAUGGAAACUGUCAAUUCAUAGGUGAAAACCUAAUAUUCUGGGCUCGUAAGAGAAAUGAAAUUAUUGCGCUAUCUACAAAUGAAGCAGAAUACAUCUCAGCUGCUAAAUGUUGUACACAAUUAAUCUGA